CCCACUUGUGAUUUUAGAUUACAUCCCUAUUCAAACAACUUUAAAAAUCAAUUCCUCCACAUCUUGCAGUCCUUACUUUAUCUUCACAACAUCAUCGGAGAGUUGCAGCAAAUACCAUUCUUGUCCCUAAAUUUCAUCCGAUCAGUCUAGCUUACUUACUUUACUAAACUCUGUAUCUUUGACCAUCAAAUUCCAAGGAACAGAUUCACAUUUCCCCUUUCUCCAGCUCGAAAUCAGCCAAUUGGGGUGCAUUUGUUUGAUACCAGAAAGAUCUUGAUAAAUUGACAAACAAAUCACUCGAGACUAGCCUCAAAUUCACCUUGGAUUUUCAUCUACCCACCAAUUCGAUAAAUUGAGUUGUUGGUAUUCAGUAUUCUUGUGUGUUCUUGAAUUACAUAAACUGGGUCGAAGAUGACGAUCGAAACGUUUCCAGGGAGUUCAGGGUUUAUAGAUUCUGGCCAUGAUAAGAAAAUAACUUACUUUAGCAAUACAUAUGUAUUGGGUUUAACUGUUGUAGCUGGAAUCGGGGGUCUCCUUUUCGGAUACGACACAGGAGUUAUAUCAGGUGCUCUUUUGUACAUUCGUGACGAAUUUGAAGCAGUUGAUCAAAGUAGUUUUCUACAAGAAACAAUUGUAAGCAUGGCAUUAGUUGGAGCGAUGAUUGGGGCUGCAGCUGGAGGAGCGAUAAAUGAUGAAUAUGGGAGAAAAGUUGCAACUCUUCUUGCAGAUGUGAUAUUUGCAUUGGGAUCUUUUGUAAUGGCUGCUGCAUGGAAUCCAUAUGUGAUUAUAUUUGGUAGGCUUUUGGUUGGAUUGGGGGUAGGUGUUGCAUCUGUUACUGCUCCAAUGUAUAUAGCUGAAGCUGCUCCAUCAGAAAUAAGGGGAGGUCUUGUGAGCACCAAUGUGCUUAUGAUCACUAGUGGACAGUUUCUUUCUUACCUUGUCAAUCUUGCUUUCACUGAGGUUCGUGGGACAUGGCGAUGGAUGCUUGGAGUAGCUGCUGUUCCUGCUAUAAUCCAAUUCUUCUUGAUGUUAUUUCUUCCCGAAUCUCCACGGUGGCUUUACAUGAAGAAAAGCAAAUCCGACGCCAUUGUUGUCCUCUCGAAAAUCUACGAUCCUUACCGGUUAGAAGAAGAACUCGAUCAGCUUUCCACCGCUCUAGAAGAAGAACACCAACGCAAAAACGCCGUGAGUUACUGGGACGUGUUCAGAAUCAAAGAAAUCCGCCUUGCCUUUUUCGCCGGAGCUGGUCUUCAAGCUUUCCAACAGUUCACCGGCAUCAACACAGUCAUGUACUACAGCCCAACCAUAGUUCAAAUGGCCGGAUUCAAAUCAAACCAGUUAGCCCUUUUACUAUCCCUCAUAGUCGCAUUAAUGAACGCCGCAGGCACCGUCGUCGGAAUCUACCUCAUCGACCAUUUCGGCCGCCGGAAAUUAGCGUUAAGCAGUCUGUCAGGUGUAAUCCUCUCUUUGAUUCUUCUAUCGGUUGCGUUUUACUUUGAAUCGAUUGGGGUUGCGAACAUUGGGUGGGUCGCUGUUCUAGGGUUAGCUCUUUACAUCGCGUUCUUCGCCCCUGGUAUGGGUCCGGUUCCAUGGACGGUGAACUCCGAGAUAUAUCCGGAAUCGUAUAGAGGGAUAUGUGGAGGGAUGUCGGCGACGGUGAAUUGGGUGUCGAAUUUGGUGGUGGCGCAGAGCUUUCUUUCGAUUGCGGAAGCUGUUGGGACUGGUUGGACGUUCUUGAUUCUGGCUGCCAUUGCUGUUCUUGCGUUUGCGUUUGUGUUUGUGUUUGUGCCGGAGACGAAAGGGUUGAGCUUUGAGGAAGUUGAGAGGAUAUGGAAGGAGAGAGCUUGGGGGAGGAGUAGUUCUUCGCGUUUGGAAUCUCUUAUUGAAAAUAGAGAGGAACCCUAA